GAUUUUUCGUAAAAUGUCAUAUUUGGAAAUGUAACUUGAUUUAUCUGAACCUUGUUUGAACAGAAAUACGAUUAGCUAACUAAAACUGGUGUUCUAAAAUUGAAUAGAUUUUUCCGUAAACUUGUGGUUUAAAAAUCGAAAUUAGAUGUGAAUUUCAGGAAAUAUAAGAAAUUGAAAAUAUCACAUAGUUUUCAUUUCUAAAGUACCUGACCAAAAAGUCAAAAUGUCUAUUAAUGGCAUUUAUGCAGAGGAUAGUGAAGGUAAAUUUAUACCAGCCACUCAGCGUCCUGAUGGGACAUGGCGGAAACCUCGAAGAGUGAAAGAUGGAUAUAUUCCGCAAGAAGAAGUACCUUUAUAUGAAAGCAAAGGUAAGCAAUUUGCUUCUCGAAAACCGCAGUUACCUGUUGGAAUGUCUCCAGAAGUUGCAUUGGCUUCUAAAAAUAAAAAAGUUGGCCCAAAUGCCCAUUGCCCAAUACCAGGUUUGGUUAUAUUGGAAGAUAAGACUAAAAAGAAAAAAAAGAAAAAAGAGGACCCAGUUGAUAAAUUGGCAUCAGAUCUAGCACAAACAAAAGUUAAUGAUACUCCAGCUGCUGACCCUGUUAAAAGGCUGAAAAAUCUUAAGAAAAAAAUUAGAGAAAUAGAAUCAAUUGAAGCUAGAUUAUUAUCAGGAGAAUUAAAAAGUCCUGAAAAAGAUCAAUUAGACAAAGUUGCUAGGAAACUAGAUAUAUUGUAUGAAAUAAAAGAAAUUGAGAAGAAUCUGUAUUGGCCGAGUUAGCACUGAUUGUAUAUA